AUGGCUCCACCAAGAGGUCGAGGCCGCGGUCGUGGUCGCGGUGGUCAGUCUACAAGAGGAAGAAGAGGUCGCAUCACAGGCCGAGGAAAUGAUUUUGCGACAUCCCGCUUGCGAGAGGUGGAUUCAGACGAGUCGUCAGGUGAAGAAGUGGCGAACAAUGCGCCUUUGGACGAGGUGGAUGUGGGCGACGACGCAAUGGUGGAUGAUCUCUCAUCGGAUAGUGAGGUGGAAGAAGAAAACGCCGCCCGACCAUACAACGAACUACUGGAAAUUCUACAAGCCAAUUCCGAUAACAAAGGACCAGCGCGCAAGAAGAGAAAGCUGGAGAGCGACACGAAACGCGACCAAUCUGUGACUUCAGCAGCCAUGGUGGAGGAAGUGCAGGCGGAUCACGCACUUCAAGAACAAGCUCCAUCCGAAGACGAGGAAGACGACCAGGAAGACAAUGACGAUGACGACGAUGAUGAUGAAGCUUUGGGUCCGUUCGAGAAGCAUUUCAACUCAUCAGAGGGAGCAGAUCUAGCGCAAAGGAUACAUUCGAUCGAGGCCAACAAAUGGUCAUCAGUGAAGAAGGAGAUAGACGGGCUGCGGGUGGUUCAGUCAGUUCCCGAGGCGGGUGAUCUGAAACCGGCGCUAUUCCCACCCAUGAAGAGUACCGGUGGAUUGAAGAUCAAAAAUAAGUUGAAGCCUCGCGCCGCCGAGCUCCUCCCCAACAUCAACGGGCCUGCACAGCAAGUGGCGCCCUAUAUUUUCGACUAUCAGGAUGUCCUCUAUGGUGCACGCACUGCGUCAAUGGCCGAAGACAUGCGCGAUAUCAUGGCUCUUCACUGCGUCAACCACAUCAUCAAGACUCGGGAUCAAGUGCUCAAGAACAAUGCCCGGUUAGCAAAAGACCCAGACACCGAUGUUGAGUACCGCGACCAGGGCUUCACUCGUCCCAAGGUUCUCUACAUCAUUCCCACGAGACAGGCAUGCGUUCGUGCAGUCAAUGCCAUCACACGAUUCUACCAAGUCGAGCAACAAGAGAACAAGAAGCGAUUCACAGACACCUUCUCCGGGCCCGAUGACGCUGGAUGGGAAAACAAGCCGGACGACUUCCGUGAUCUUUUCGGCGGUAAUGACGACGAUAUGUUCCGCCUCGGGUUGAAAUUCACUCGCAAGACAGUCAAGUACUUUGCCCAGUUCUAUAGCUCCGAUAUUAUUCUGUGCAGCCCUUUGGGUCUUCGAACAAUCAUGGAUCAAGCCGAUGAGAAAAAGCGCGAUCACGACUUUCUCUCCUCCAUUGAGGUCGUCCUGGUUGAUCACGCCGAUGCCCUUCUGAUGCAACUUUGGGACAAUGUCCCAUACAUAUUCAAACACCUUAAUCUUCAACCUAAGGAGGCACAUGGAUGUGAUUUCAGCCGCGUCCGGAACUGGUAUCUUGACAACCAUGCGCGCUACGUACGGCAAACCGUUCUGUUGACGUCUUUCAUUACCCCGGAGAUCAACUCUCUAUUCUCUCAGUCCAUGCAAAAUGCCAACGGACGUGUCAAAUUCAAUCCCACAUACGCCGGUGCUAUCACCGAGAUUCCCAUGCCAGUGCCUGUCAAACAAACCUUCUCACGCAUUGACAGCCUGUCCCCUCUCAAGGACCCGGACACCCGUUUCAAGCACUUUACCACGACUAUUUUGUCCACGCUAGUCAAAAAUAUCACCACAGGCCGGGGUAAGGGUGGUGCUGGCACUAUCAUCUUCAUACCUUCCUAUCUUGAUUUUGUCCGUGUGCGCAAUCACUUCGCCCAGUCUGCUCAGACGACGAAUGUCUCUUUCGGUGCGAUAUCGGAGUACACAGAGGCUCGAGAGGUCAGUCGGGCUCGCAGUUACUUUAUGAAUGGGCGGUACUCUGUCUUGCUCUAUACCGAGCGCGCCCACCAUUUCCGUCGAUACCAGAUCCGCGGGGUGCGCCGAGUCAUCAUGUACGGUCUGCCCGAGAAUCCAACUUUCUACGGGGAACUUGUUGGAUUCCUGGGUCUAGACCCUGCUGCGGUGGUAGAAGCCGCCGAGGGAGGCGUCCGCGCCUUAUUCUCGAAGUGGGAUGCACUUAAGCUCGAGCGGACCGUAGGGACAUCUCGAGUUGGGAACAUGCUACGCGAGAAGGGCGGCGACACUUUCACCUUUGUAUAA